AAACAUACAACAGGAAGCAAAAGAGGAUAAGAAAACAAGAACAAGUACAAAUAGCAGUCACUACGAACACAACUCAACUCUUUUGAUUGUGUAGUGAAAAUGGUGGUUGCACUAUCAACUUGCUGUUCCAUGUUUUCUGUAACAACGUCCUUUGUCAAAUUCCAGUACUCACAUAGACACACUCAUAAUCACUCAGCCACACACAGACCCUUCAUUUCCAUCCGUUGCAGCCGCACACCUUCAAAUCCUGACCCCAAUUUCAAAGGACAGGAUGAUGCGUGGAAGAAGAAUCAGUUGGAGCUAUCAUCCAAAGAUGAAAGGCCUACAGGAGGGAAUGUGGUGCCAGCUUUUUAUAAGUCUUCUGGUAUUUCAAAGAAAAAUAAGGAAUUUGUAGUAGACUCCAAGGAUCAACAGGUUGAAUCAAGUAACUUACAAGACUCAGAUUUCCUCAAUGCUGUUGUGAAGGUUUACUGCACCCAUACUGCCCCAGAUUAUUCUCUUCCCUGGCAAAAACAGAGACAAUUUACAAGCACCGGAAGCGCGUUUAUGAUUGGAGGCAGGAAACUAUUAACCAACGCACAUUGUGUGGAGCACGAUACCCAGGUUAAAGUCAAGAGAAGAGGGGAUGAUUCAAAAUAUGUGGCUAAGGUUUUAGCCAGAGCUGUUGGUUGUGAUUUAGCUUUGCUUUCAGUAGAAAGCGAUGAGUUUUGGAGAGAUGUUGAACCUCUUAGAUUUGGACAUUUGCCACAUCUUCAGGAGUCUGUAACGGUUGUGGGAUAUCCUCUUGGAGGAGACACAAUUUCAGUGACAAAGGGAGUUGUAUCUCGUGUAGAGGUUACAUCAUAUGCUCAUGGAUCAUCUGAGUUGUUGGGCAUUCAAAUUGACGCAGCAAUAAAUCCUGGUAAUAGUGGAGGGCCAGCGUUCAAUGGCAAAGGAGAGUGCAUUGGAGUGGCAUUUCAGGUCUACAGAUCUGAAGAUGCUGAGAAUAUUGGAUAUGUGAUUCCAACAACAGUUGUAUCUCAUUUUUUGACCGACUACGAAAAUAACGGCAAGUAUACUGGUUUCCCUUGCCUUGGUGUACUUAUACAAAAGUUGGAGAAUCCUGCCCUGCGUGCAUGUUUGAAACUACAGUCUAAUGAGGGUGUAUUUGUACGUAGAGUUGAACCAACUUCUGAUGCAAAUAAUGUAUUAAAAGAGGGCGAUGUGAUUGUUAGCUUUGAUGAUAUACGUGUUGGAUGUGAAGGAACAGUUCCAUUCCGCUCAAAUGAGAGAAUUGCGUUCCACUACCUCAUUAGUCAAAAAUUCGCAGGUGAUACUGCAGAACUUGGUAUCGUCAGAGCUGGAAAAUCAAUAAAAGCUAAAGUUAUUUUAAAUCCACGAGUUCAUUUGGUUCCCUUUCAUAUUGAUGAAGGCCAGCCUUCCUACUUAAUAAUUGCUGGCUUAGUGUUCACACCCCUUUCAGAGCCAUUGAUUGAGGAGGAACGUGAAGACUGUAUAGGGUUAAAGUUAUUGGCGAAGGCACGCUAUUCAUUUGCCAGGUUUAAAGGGGAACAGAUUGUAAUUCUUUCACAGGUCUUGGCAAAUGAACUCAAUAUAGGUUAUGAAGAUAUGAACAAUCAGCAGGUUAUAAAAUUCAAUGGAGUUCCAAUUAAGAACAUUCACCAUCUUGCACAUCUCAUUGAUUCAUGCAAGGACAAAUAUCUAUGUUUUGAAUUUGAAGAUAGCUAUGCUGCUGUUUUGGAAAGAGAAGCUGUUAUUGCUGCUUCAUCAUCCUUGCUUAGAGACUAUGGUAUCCAAUCUGAAAGAUCUUCUGAUCUCUUGAAACCAUAUGUGGAUUUACCUGAAGUAGAAAGCGACCAACCAGCAGACCAAGAUUUUGGUGAUAGCCCGGUUUCAAAUUUUGAAGUUGGCCAUGAUGGAUUGUUCUGGGCAUAGUUAAUUUUCAUCGGUAGAUGUCAUGUUAUAGCGAAAUUUCUCUGGAGGCCAUAUUUGAAGCAUAUGGUCACAAUUUUGGGCAGAAAAAGUGCACCAACAAGGAGCAACCUUGAUGUGACCACGUGAAUGGUUUUGUGCUACAAUGUGGAGAUUCCAGAGGCAAAAUUUUAUUCUUAUCCUUCAUUAAAUUGUUUUAGGGAAGGGAUAGGACUAUAGGCAAGAGCUUAUGGCUUUUUCUUCCAUGUAUUUUUAUUCUUUUUGUGCAACUCCUUGAUUUGAUAAGCCGAGAAGAUCUCUUCAGGUUUGAUCUCUCAAGUUUCAACGAACGUUCUGUAUUUAUGAGGAAAUAAUAAUGCACAUGGGAGUGACUCUUACAAGUUA